AUGCAGAAGAAGAGAUCAGUGGUUGGUCGUAGAGCUUGGAACAUUCUCCGCCUAGCCUUGUUAUGGGCAAGAAAAGGUGGCAUUUUCAAGAACAGACACCUUAUAGCCGAUCUCCGUUUGCUUCCCAAAUACAUUAGAAGCCUCCGUCAUACCAAUGACUAUGGGUACGGAUACGGUGUUGGUCCCGGUGCUUUACAUUAUGAGUUUUCCUUUGAUGACACCCCUAUCAUUCAUGUCAAGAUGCAUCGCCCUGCUUCCUUGCGUUUCAAGAUGCCUAACAUCACCUGCAUCAAACCUCAAGUUAACUUUGACUUUGAUGAUGAUGAUGUUCCAAGGAGAAGUUUUUUGAAGAGUGCCGAUGAUGAAUAUGCGAGCUAUGAGGUCUCUGAGGAGAUUAGUUGUCCUGGUGAUGAACCUAUUGAUAUGAAGGCUGACCAAUUUAUUGCAAAGUUCUAUGAACAAAUAAACCUGCAAAAUCAAAUGUCUAUGAGCUAA